AUGUCCCUGCCCGAUACUCGCUACCAGACGCCCAUGUCAGCCACAGAUCCAAAGGAGCAAGCGCGAAGGAUGAAGAACCUUGCUGCCGGCUUCGCACUCUCGCACGUCGUAGCGUCUGAGCCGUACGUGGAUGAAUGCAUUCGUCUCCUCAAGAAACGUAUUCUCAGCUUUGCCAAACCUGGAGCACCUGUGCAUCUCGACCAAUGGUUCAACUACAUGGCUUUUGACGUGAUUGCCGAGAUCCACUUCUCGCGGCAGUUCGGUUUCUUGGAGACAGGCAAGGAUCUAGGUGGAUCUAUCGCUAAUUCAAGACUGCUCGUACCGUAUGUCACCAUGGUUGGCUUCUUUCGAACUCUCCAUCGACCGACUGUGGGCAAUCCCUUGAUUACUGACUGGAACCCCAUGCUCACUCAGCACAUCUUGGACACAACCUUGUCAGCCAUCAAGGCUCGACAGAAGAACCCGGACGUGCGUGAGGAUGUGCUGUUACUCUGGCUGAAGCAGCAUGAGCGAUAUCCAGAAAAACUGUCCGAGAAGGAACUCCAUGGUUGCGUUAACAUGUCUGUUGGUGAUGCAUCAGACACUGUUAGCGCGAGUCUACAAUCGUUCUUCUACCUCUUGAUACAAAACCCUCAGCAUCUUGCAGUUGCCAAACAAGAGAUAGCAGAUGCGAACUUGACCAGCGAAAUCGUCUCCGAUGCGGAUGCCUCUCGGCUUCCAUUUCUGCAAGCCUGUGAAAGUUCUUGA